AAUCUGGGAACACUGAAUUUACCACUUCCCUCAAGGGUAUUCCCCCCCCCCAUCCAAAAGGAUUUGGGGCUUUUCUCAGGCAAAACGGGAGUGUUACCAUGGCUGAAGGACAGACGGACCUGGAAGCCAGAAUCAUCCAGGACAUACACAGUAAAGAGAUUGAUUUGGUGAACCGAGACCCAAAGCAUAUUAAUGAAGAUGUGGUCAAGGUGGACUUUGAGGAUGUGAUCGCCGAGCCUGAGGGCACCUACAGCUUUGAUGGCGUCUGGAAGGUCAGCUACACUACCUUCACAGUCAGCAAGUAUUGGUGCUACCGCCUGAUCUCCACCCUGCUGGGCGUCCCGCUGGCCCUCCUCUGGGGCUUCAUCUUUGCCUGCAUCUCCUUCUGCCACAUCUGGGCUGUGGUACCCUGCAUCAAGAGCUGCCUGAUUGAGAUGCAGUGCAUCAGUCGCAUCUAUUCCCUCUGUGUCCACACCUUCUGCCAUCCCCUGUUCGCUGCCCUUGGCCAAGUCUUCAGCAGCAUCAAAGUGGCCUUGAGAAAGGAGGCCUAGAUAAGAUUGGGGGAGGAGGGUAAAGAUGAAACCUGUGAGUCUGGCGGG